GUUAGAUCAAAUUUAGAAGUUAAAAAGAUUCAAUGUGUAUCACUAUUUGUAUAACUUUUUAGAAAUACCCAUGUAUAUGAAUUCCUGUCAUAAAUCAAAACAAAUAAAGAUUUUGCGAUUGUGAUGGAUGAUCAUAGUGUGGAGUUUUUCUCGGCUUUAGAAAAUUCGAAGUUGAAUCCAAAGCAUAUUUUUUUCUUUAAAUUGUUGUGACCAAAAAGAUCUAGAAAUAAAUUGUUUUGUUUCUGAAAUUAAAAAUGAAAUCAAAUGUGUAUGAAAAAUUAUCAAGCAAAGAAAUUGAUUCAACUAAUAAAUUCCUGCAAAACCAGAAGCAACCGAAUGACGAAGAAGGAAUGCAUUGCUUGCGAUCAGAAGAGGCGUGUCGCUGGACUUAUGAUGAAGUUGCAAGAUUACUUAACACAAAUAUUCAUGAUGGCCUCACCUGGAACGAGGCCAAUCAGAGACUUUCUUUUCAUGGAUACAAUGAGUUUGAGGUGACACCAGAAGAACCUCUUUGGAAAAAAUAUAUUGAACAAUUUAAAAAUCCACUUAUAGUUUUAUUACUUGCAUCUGCAUUGGUCAGUAUAUGUAUGCAACAAUUUGAUGAUGCAUUUAGCAUAACAGCUGCUAUUGUUAUCGUUGUUACUGUAGCUUUUGUUCAGGAGUAUAGAUCCGAGAAAUCAUUAGAAGAACUUAAUAAGCUUGUUCCACCAACUUGUACAUGCCUUAGAGAAGGAAGGCAGGAAACAUUUUUAGCAAAAAAUUUAGUACCCGGUGAUGUCGUACUACUUAGCAUUGGUGAUAGAGUUCCUGCAGAUUUACGACUGUUUGAGGCAGUAGAUUUAGCAAUUGAUGAGAGCAGCUUCACAGGUGAAACAGAACCCUCUAAUAAAGUUACAAAGCCUUUAGAAAAAACCAAUGGCAUUACAAGUAGGAGAAACGUUGCCUUUAUGGGCACUCUGGUGCGCUGUGGUGUUGCGAAAGGCAUUGUUAUAUCUACUGCUGAAAAGUCAGAAUUUGGGGAAGUUUUUAAAAUGAUGCAAGCGGAAGAAGCUCCUAAAACACCUUUGCAAAUUAGUAUGGACACUUUGGGAAAGCAGUUAUCAUUAUAUUCAUUUGCUAUAAUUGGAUUAAUUAUGGUAGUUGGCUGGUUCCAAGGCAGACCCUUGAUGGAAAUGUUUAAUAUUGGUGUUAGCUUGGCGGUUGCGGCUAUACCAGAAGGUUUACCCAUUGUUGUGACUGUUACUCUUGCCUUAGGAGUAAUGAGAAUGGCCAAAAGAAAUGCCAUCAUUAAAAAACUUCCCACAGUGGAAACAUUAGGUUGCGUCAAUGUUAUUUGUUGUGAUAAAACUGGUACUUUAACAAAAAAUGAGAUGACAGUGACAACAGUUGUUACAUCGGAAAUGUAUCAUGCCGAGUUAAGUGGAGUGGGAUAUGCUGAAUCUGGUCAUGUUCAAAUAAUGGAUCCUGGCAAUCAUUCUCAACAGAUGAAUUCAGUUAGAACAAUUGUGGAAGCAGGCUGUAUAUGUAGCAAUGCUGAUAUAAUAGACGAUCAGCUGAGAGGCCAGCCAACUGAGGGGGCCUUAAUUGCGGCUGCCAGGAAGAUGAACAUGCAGGGUAUUAGAGAACGUUACAACAGGCUACAAGAAAUUCCAUUUAGUUCAGAGCAGAAAUUCAUGGCUGUAAAAUGCUUACCAAAGUUUGGACUGGGCAGUGAAAAGUACUUUGUGAAAGGGGCUAUUGAAAUCCUUCUACCAAAAUGUACAAAGUACAAUUAUCAUGGUUCGCCUGUUGUUCUGUCUAAAGAUACUCAUCUACAGUAUUUGAAGGAAGCACAAUAUAUGGGACGAAAAGGUUUAAGAGUUCUGGCCAUUGCUUGUGGAUCAUCUUUAGAUGAUUUACUUUUCCUUGGAAUGGUGGGUAUUUUAGAUCCACCCCGCUCUGGUGUUGCUGAAGCCAUACAAACACUUCAUGGAAGUGGAGUUUCAAUUAAGAUGUUGACUGGUGACUCAGAGGACACAGCAUGCUCUAUUGCAUCAAGAUUAGGCCUUUAUGCAGUUGGCAGCCGUUCCUUGUCUGGAGAAAAGAUUGAUUUCAUGAAUGAUGAUGAACUUGCUCAUAUAAUACACUCAAUUUCAAUAUUUUAUCGAGUUGGGCCUGGGCAUAAAUUAAGAAUUGUAAAAGCUUAUCAGAGAAAUGGGGCUAUUGUCGGUAUGACUGGUGAUGGUGUGAAUGAUGGUGUUGCUUUGAAAAAAGCAGAUAUUGGUAUUGCUAUGGGUAAGAAUGGAACAGAUGUCUGCAAAGAAGCUGCUGAUAUGAUAUUAGUUGAUGAUGACUUCUUUACCAUUAUGGCUGCUAUUGAGGAAGGAAAGGGAAUCUUUUAUAACAUCAGGAACUUUGUACGUUUUCAAUUAAGCACGAGCAUUGCGGCUUUGUCAUUAGUUGCUCUCUCAACUUUUAUGCACAUUCCUAAUCCCUUGAAUGCUAUGCAGAUUCUUUGGAUUAAUAUCAUUAUGGAUGGUCCACCUGCUCAAAGCUUAGGGGUUGAGCCUGUUGAUCAUGAUGUUUUGAAACAGCCUCCAAGAAAUGUAAAAGAACCUAUGAUAACAAAAGAUCUGAUUAUAAAUGUCAUAUUAUCAGCUUUAAUCAUUAUUACGGGUACCAUGUGGAUCUUUCGAAGAGAGAUGAGUGACAUGAUGGUAACUAGAAGGGAUACUACCAUGACCUUCACUUGCUUUGUUUUCUUUGACAUGUUCAAUGCUUUAAGCUGUCGGUCUCAGACAAAAUCUAUCUUUACAAUUGGCUUGUGCAGCAACAAGAUGUUCCUCAUUGCAGUUACAGGAUCUGUUAUUGGACAGUUAUUAGUUAUUUAUUUUGCUCCUUUACAAAGGAUAUUUCAAACUGAAGCUUUGCCUUUGCAAGAUAUUCUGAUGCUUGUUGCUUUGACAUCUUCUGUGUGUGUUGUGUCAGAAAUAAAAAAAUUGAUUGAAAGAACAAUAACUCGCAAGCGAACAGAAAAGCAAUUUUUUGAUUCAGAAUAUGUAUAAAAUUAAUCUUAUUUAUUAGAUUUUUUUUAAAUCAAAUUUUUCAUUUGCAUUUGUUUGUUAGUCAACUUUUUUAGCAUUUUAUUUCUUUUAAUUAGUCUCAAUUUUUAGCCUCUCAUUUUUACAGGCUAAUCACUUUUUUUACAAAUCAAAUAUUUUUCAUACAAAUACAAUUUUCCAUCUUUAACAGUAAUAAUUCAAUUUCCCUAAUUGCCUUAAAAUGCCUGCACAUUGUGCCCUAUGUAGCUUAGAUAUAUUGUUAUAGAAAAAUGAUCUGUAUUUUAAAAAAUAUGUAUUUUGUGUUUUUAACACAAAAGAAAUGUCUGUGAUAAAAAGUUUUAUGUUGAUGGGUUUGCUUAUUCUUGCACAUAGUAAGCCAAUAUUUCUCUGUUCUCACCAAGGUUCAAAAAAUAUAUAUAUACCUAAGUUACAAAUUCUUAUUUGUGUUACAAAAUUCUAUUUAAAAAAAUAUUUUCCAUUGCUAUUAUAUUAACUAGUAUACAAUCAGUAUGUUUAGAACAGUGUUUGGAUUCAACUGGUACGUGUGUAAAUGUUCUUUACUGAAACAGUGUUGGGAUUCAACUGGUACAUGUGUAAAUGUUCUUAACUGAAAGGGCCACAAUCAGAGAAUCUCGUUACCCAUCAACUUAAGCAAAGCAGGAACACUUUUCGUUCAUUUUUUAAAAGAGAGUAAUGAGAAAUGAGCUAUAAUUUCCAGAAUUUCAUACCUUUGCUUAUAACAUAAAUCAUUUGUGAAGUCAAAAUCGAUUGCAGUUAAAAUGGAAAAUAAAACUUUGUGAAAUGAGGGAAUCAUAUUCCAUAAAUCACUUCCUAUAAUUUAAACAGACAUGGUGAUUAAGUUGGCAGUAUGUAUCAAUUCUUGAAAUGGAAAUAAUAUUUAAAAAUGUAUUGCGAAAGUGUACUUAGAAAAUUUAAUCAAAAGAAUCUGUGUCUCAAUUUUUUUUUUUUUUAAUUUUAAAAAUAUUAAUCUAAAUCUUGUAUUUUUAUAUUAAUUUUAUUUUUUGAAAAAAAAAAUUCAAUAAAUUUAGAGAAAUAUUAUGUACGAUUUGAAUCUCAUCACUGGUCUAGGUCUAUUAUCUUCUAUGCUGAGCAAGAGAUCAAUUAUCCUGUUUUUGUUCAUAUAUGCAUAUUUAAUUAUGUUAAAAUGUUGCUAUUUAUUGGCCGGACUAGAUCUGCCACUUUUUUCCCUACCUUUUUUGUCGAAUAAAAUAUUAACACAUUUCUCUUUAAGCAAUAUUUUAAUAAAAAAUGUCACACAGUAGAAUACUGAUCAUCUAGGCCCCAAAUCCAUUCUCCCUCUCUUUGAACUUGCAACUAAUUUUACCUGAAAAGUUGCUUAUGACUUCAGUGUAAAAAUUUUAAGGGCUUAAAAAAAGCAAUAUAUUUUUUCUCUAUUGUUUACAAGUAUUAUUUAAGGCUGUAUAAACUUUGCCUCUAAUUCACAAGUGUCAGAUAAUAAAUAUUCCAUUGCAUUUCUAAUAACUGUCAAAAAAGAAAAUACUUUCUUACAUAGUUAAGGCAGAAAACUAAGAACGUAGUUAGUUAACUUUGUAAAGGUUUUUUCCUUUUUCAAGGUUUGUUUCUGAAAGUUAAUUAGUGUAUAAUCAGAAAAAUCUUGGUAAAGUUUAAAAUUAUAAUGAAUUAUAACACUGUAACAUUUUUCUAUAUGAGCAAUUAAAGAUGUGGACAAAAAAAAAUUUUUUUUUAAACAAAAUGAUUUAUAUGAUAUUCUAUCAUGGCUUAUGGCCAAACUUUACCUGCAUUUGAAGAAAAAAUUUUAAAUAAAUUCUGUAGUUAACUCACAUGGAAAAAUGUCUCAAAUUCAACUGUUUGUUAUAAAAGAAAUUCUUUCAUUGAAAAAACAAUAAAUAAAAUUUUUUUGCCAAACUUCAAA